AUGCCUAUACGACCGGUGAUAUGUCCUUCCAUACUGAAUUCGGAUCUCGCAAAUCUGGCAGAGGAAUGUCAGAAACUCCUUGCGGCAGGUGCUGACUGGUUGCAUUUGGAUGUCAUGGAUGGGCAUUUCGUGCCGAAUUUGACAUUUGGUCACCCAGUUAUCGAAUGUUUGAGAAGAAGCCUUGGGUCUGCUCCAUUUUUCGAUGUUCAUCUUAUGGUGGCAGAUCCAAGUUGUUGGAUAACCGCUAUGGCAUCUGCUGGGGCAUCUCAGUUUACAUUUCACUGGGAAGCAGCGUAUGAGAAAGGUGGAGAUGCUGAAGUGCUUGCGGUAAUUGAGAAGAUUCGCCAGUCUAACAUGAAAGUUGGUUUUGCUAUUAAGCCGAAAACACCCGUGGACAAGGUUUUGCAGUUCGCGGAUAAAAUCGACAUGGCGUUGAUAAUGACAGUUGAGCCAGGAUUUGGUGGUCAGAAGUUUAUGUCCGACAUGAUGGACAAGGUUCGCGUACUGAGGAAAGCAUAUGCCAAUAUCGACAUUCAAGUUGAUGGCGGUAUUUCUCCGCAAAAUAUUCAAGUCCCAGCUGAAGCUGGUGCGAAUGCCAUAGUAUCCGGAACAGGCAUCAUAAAAGCGUCUUGUCCGAAAACGGCCAUCAGUCAAAUGCGAGAAGUCGUACAGAUUGCCAUUACCCAGAGUCAUUCUAUUGUUUGA